GGCAGCGGCGCUAGCACAGGCGGCCGUGGCAGCGGAAGGUUCUCUCUCCAGGGCUGGACUCAAUAACUUUGGAACUGUCCACCAGUGUCACGUCCUGAACAUGAGCCUCCUCUCCUUCUACCUGCUCGGGUUGCUUGUCAGUAGCGGGCAAGGUAUUUUUCCUAUGAAAACCUCUUUUUCUCCCGAGAAAGAGAGUGGGAAGCAAGGUACAUAAUGGAACAAAGGAAGGAUGGAAAGAAAGUAGCUCUUCUUCAAGUGACAAUUUCACUUAGCAAAGUAGAGCUUAGUGUGGGUGAAUCUAAGUUCUUCACAUGUACAGCAAUUGGUGAACCUGAGAGUAUAGACUGGUAUAAUCCUCAAGGAGAGAAGAUAAUUUCAACACAGAGGGUAGUGGUGCAAAAAGAAGGUGUUAGGUCAAGAUUAACCAUCUACAACGCAAAUAUAGAAGAUGCAGGAAUAUAUCGUUGUCAAGCAACAGAUGCCAAAGGACAGACUCAAGAAGCUACAGUUGUUCUGGAAAUUUACCAAAAACUCACUUUCAGAGAAGUGGUAUCUCCUCAAGAAUUCAAACAAGGAGAGGAUGCAGAAGUGGUUUGCCGAGUUAGCAGUUCCCCUGCACCUGUUGUCAGCUGGUUGUAUCAUAAUGAGGAAGUCACCGCUAUUUCCGACAAUCGGUUUGCUGUGUUAGCCAGCAAUAAUCUGCAGAUUCUCAACAUCAACAAAAGUGAUGAAGGAAUAUACAGGUGUGAAGGAAGAGUGGAGGCUAGGGGAGAAAUUGACUUCCGUGAUAUCAUUGUUAUUGUUAAUGUGCCGCCAGCAAUUACAAUGCCUCAGAAAUCCUUUAACGCCACAGCAGAGAGAGGAGAAGAGAUGACAUUAUCAUGCAGGGCCUCAGGCUCUCCUGAGCCGACCAUCUCCUGGUACAGGAAUGGCAGGUUCAUUGAAGAAAAUGAAAAGUACAUAUUGAAAGGAAGCAAUACAGAACUCACUGUCAGGAACAUUAUCAAUAGUGAUGGGGGUCCUUAUGUCUGUAGGGCCACAAAUAAAGCAGGGGAAGAUGAAAAGCAGGCAUUCCUCCAAGUCUUUGUACAGCCUCACAUAAUACAGCUCAAAAAUGAGACUACAUAUGAGAAUGGUCAAGUCACACUCAUAUGUGAAGCAGAAGGGGAACCUAUUCCAGAAAUCACUUGGAAAAGAGCAAUGGAUGGCAUUACAUUUUCUGAAGGCGAUAAGAGCCCAGAUGGCCGUAUCGAAGUCAAAGGGCAGCACGGAAGCUCAUCACUGCAAAUUAAAAAUGUGAAGUUGUCAGAUUCAGGGCGAUAUGACUGUGAAGCUGCAAGUAGAAUCGGAGGACACCAAAAGAGCAUGUACCUUGAUAUUGAAUAUGCUCCCAAGUUUGUAUCAAACCAAACAAUUUAUUACUCAUGGGAAGGAAAUCCAAUCAAUAUAAGCUGUGAUGUGAAAUCGAAUCCACCAGCCUCAGUCCAUUGGAGAAGAGAAAAAUUAGUCUUGCCAGCUAAAAACACCACUAAUUUAAAGAUGUAUAGUGCAGGGAGGAAGGUGAUUCUAGAGAUUGCACCUACGUCUGACAGUGACUUUGGACGAUAUAAUUGCACAGCCACAAACCGUAUAGGAACAAGAUUUCAAGAGUAUAUUCUUGCUUUGGCUGAUGUGCCAUCCAGUCCCUAUGGUGUGAAGAUUAUAGAGCUGUCACAGAUCACAGCCAAGGUGUCUUUCAACAAGCCGGACUCCCAUGGAGGUGUGCCUAUUCAUCACUAUCAAGUGGAUGUCAAAGAAGUGGCAUCAGAGACCUGGAAAAUAGUACGCUCCCAUGGAGUUCAAACAAUGGUUGUUUUGACCAACCUGGAACCAAAUACAACUUAUGAAAUCAGGGUUGCAGCUGUAAAUGGAAAAGGGCAAGGAGAUUACAGUAAAAUAGAAAUCUUCCAAACAUUGCCAGUUCGUGAACCAAGUCCUCCAUCAAUCCAUGGGCAGCCAAGCAGUGGGAAGAGCUUUAAACUCAGUAUCACCAAACAGGAUGAUGGAGGAGCCCCUAUUUUGGAAUACAUUGUGAAAUACAGAAGUAAAGAUAAAGAAGACCAGUGGUUAGAGAAAAAAGUGCAGGGAAAUAAGGAUCACAUUAUUCUGGAGCAUCUACAGUGGACAAUGGGAUAUGAAGUUCAAAUUACAGCUGCCAAUAGAUUGGGAUAUUCAGAACCUACAGUCUAUGAGUUCAGCAUGCCACCAAAGCCCAACAUUAUUAAAGAUACACUUUUUAACGGUCUUGGGCUUGGAGCAGUCAUCGGCCUGGGAGUUGCUGCACUCCUGUUAAUCCUUGUGGUAACAGACGUCAGCUGCUUCUUCAUUCGGCAAUGUGGGUUGUUGAUGUGCAUCACCAGGAGAAUGUGUGGGAAGAAGAGCGGUUCCAGUGGGAAAAGCAAAGAACUCGAAGAAGGAAAAGCUGCAUACCUGAAAGAUGGAUCAAAAGAACCAAUAGUGGAGAUGAGAACAGAGGAUGAAAGAAUCACUAAUCAUGAAGAUGGGAGUCCAGUAAAUGAGCCAAAUGAAACAACACCAUUAACAGAACCUGAAAAAUUGCCUUUAAAAGAAGAAAAUGGGAAAGAAGUCCUAAAUCCUGAAACUAUAGAAAUUAAGGUUUCUAAUGACAUCAUACAAUCAAAAGAAGAUGACAGCAAAGCCUAACACCGAGAUUAUAGAAGCUUGAACAACUCUACAAAGAGCAUUUGGAUUGCAGUGACCCUCUGACCAAAACUAUUCCACUGACCUUAAUUUCAUGGGAAACUUCUAGCUUGGAAUAGCUUGUACACAUAUACAUAUGGUCAAAUACUCCUGCCCAUAGUCCAUUUCCUUUUAUUGCUGUUAUUGUUGUUGAUAAUUUUGUUAUGAAUUUCAAUAUAAAGACCUGACUGGCACCAACUCUUGGUUAUUGAUUUGACUCUUUGAUUGAAGUACUGCAAUUCAUAAUAUGGCUAAUGUGCUCUAUUUCUCAACAACUGAAUUUCAGUCCACAGCCUCUCCAACAAAUUGGGGUUUAAGAAAAAGCAAAACAAAAUAAAAGCUUUGGAAACUAAAUGUUUAAGAAAGCCCUGAAUGCUAUUAAUCUUAUCUUGGGCAAAUAGAUGAUCAAAGUGGAUUUCAGUUUACAAUGAAAACACUUAAUAAAGGUCUUACUUUUUAUCUGGAGAAUUUCAGGGAACCCAGUCUUAAGUGAGCCAGUUAUCUUUAGCAGAUAUUAAAAAUUGAAGAAACUUUGGAAAACUCUUUUUAAGUUAUAAUUACAGUGCUCUUUCAAUGUUGACUUUUGAUAGACGGAAGUGCCAGAUCAAAAUAGUUACCCAUUUGAAUGAAUAUUAGUUGUGUGUAAAAUUAGAUAAGAAAGAUUCCAUAAAUAUCUCUCUCUUUAUAUAUGCCAUAUUCACUCACAGUAGAUUACACAAAAAAACAAAUGUAUUGCAAGUGAAAUAUAUAAUAUUGAUUUCUGCCCUCAGCUUCAAAUAAAGUAAAUUGAAAUGGGAACAAUAUCAAUGUUGUCUUGAUAUAUUUAUAAAUAUGUGAUUAUCAUUUACUUUUUAAAUAUUUUAUCAAGAAACAAGUCCUUAAUGUUCAAAUACUUCAAACCAUAUCCUCAGAUACAUUUUUUUGCCCAUUGCUUUAGAUAAUUUUUGCUUAAAAAUUCAUUUUCCUGGUGUUAUAGGUCAAUCAUUAAAUGUAAUUGGCUAAUGGAAUUAAAACUCUUGGUUUAAGAGAAAUUAACAUUUAAACAUGUCAUAAAGUGUCAGUGAUAAACAAUUGAAUUUCCACUAUCUGUUUGUAUUCUGGAUGUUGUAGCUAGAAGUCAUUUUAAGAUUUUGAUAAACUUUAGUUAAAGAAAUUCCUUAACUAUUCAACACAAACUUUCUAAUAUUGCUUGUUAGGGCCUAUACCAGACUUCCAAGCUAUGCAAGCUCCCAGAGGUAAGAGACUGGCUUUCACGUAUAUGUAAUGCUAAAAAAAAGUAUUUAUGAUUAUAAGUAUACACACCAGUUGGGAGCAGGUUUUAGAUUCUUUCUUACCCUAGAGAGCCAAAGGUUUCUUUAGACCUCAUUGCAUCCAUACCUUUAGUAUUUCAGGUGGUAUUAUAGGUCAAAUACUGACUGGUUGUGAAAUGCAUACCAAUAGAACAUUGGAAGAACAUUUAAACAAUUCAGAACUACCUGCUGAAGGGUGUCUCUCUGGAGAUAAUUUGAUGAAUAUUAAAUGUAAUAUUAAUGCCACUCAUGAACAGUUUUAUUUACAAAGUGUUUGAAACUGUCAGCCAAGAGAGUUAACUAAUUCUAUAAAACUUUUAGUCAUCAGCAGAAGAGAAUGUGCUCAUAUGCAUGUCCAGGUACUAAGUCUCCAUAAUGUCCUUGCCAUAAUUUACAGAGUUACAGUGCAGGAAUCUCUCCUUGCUAUCCUUUCUGGCGUAUUCUGAAGAAAAAGAAUUCCAAUGCCUACCUAAGAACUUAAGUAGGAAUUAUCCAAGUCGUCUUUUGACAGGUUUGACUGUUGCUAUUUAAGUUAUAUUUGUCUGAUCAUCUGUUUGCUUUAUUUUACUAUUUUUCCCUCUUUGUACCAAUGUGCUAAAAUUAGUCAAAACAUUUGAAUUAGUUUGUGCAAAGUAAAUGGGCUUAGUAAAGUGUCCAUGAAGCAAUAGCCAUGAAAGCUAGUUUUUCUUGGAUAGGGCUAUAUGGUUUUCAAUUAAUGAUAGUGAAAGAAUUGGGAAAAUGGAGAAAGCAAUUUAACAUGUUUGCUAUUGUUACAUUUGUGCUAUACUUCAAGAGCAGAGAAAUCAUAAUAAAGAACAAAUAUUUUUGUUUUCUAGAUUUAAAACUUCUAUUUCCCUCAUUUCUUUGGACUUCCCAUGUAAUUUACUUUUUAUAUUUGCUUUAUAUAUAAAUAUAUGUAUGCUGUUAAAUAUCUUACCACUGAUGUGGAGUAAUGACCUGGAGUUAACAGCUAAUCUGGGACUAAUUGUACACAGACUGUUUGAAUUGUCUGAGUGGUCCUUCUCUCGUGUCCUUGAAAUCUGUGCCAUGCAGGAGCAAGGCAAUACUGUGAUAAAGUUUUUUUUUUUUCUUUCACAUUUCAAUGGAAUGCUCCAAAUUGCUCUCUGUAAAAGUUUCCAAAUAAGAGAUACUUGUAGUAAAUUGUAAAAUACGAGUAGAACUAAAAUAAUGUGUCUCUUUUUUUCAUUUUAUUCUAGACUAAAUAUAUGCAUUUAACUAUACAAAUGAUAUUUUUACUGUCAGAGUACUCUUAAAUGUUAGUAUAAAAUGUCAGAAGAGUUGACUGAAUAUAAGUAGUGUCAAAUAUCAAAACCCUAUGCUACUUUAAACAAAAGAAUGAAAAUAUCACUGAAAAUAUUGAUAUUUCCUGAUAAGUUAUGUGCAAUUAGGCAAUGACAAUCUAUAUUCAACAUGUAAGAGGAAGCAGUAAUAUCAGCAUUUUAGCACAUAUUUUGUUUUUAAAACUGGCACAAAUUAAUGUGUCAACAUAUUUUACAGUGGUCUGUAAAGGAAUUUAAGAAUUGUGGUUUCUAAAGAUUUAUUUAUUAUUUUUGUGGGUUGAUUUAUUGCCAUUCUAUUGGUACUAAUGUCUAACAUUAAUCUUUAAAAGUUUUCCUUUAUUUUUAAUGUUAAUACCUAUAAAAGCAUUUUUCAAAGACUAUUUGAUCCAGCAAAGUGUAUAUGAGUCUUAGUCUUUGAAUUAGACACUUAUAUAAGGAGAGGGUUUUAUUAAUCGAAUUAUUUAUUUGAGUGCCAACAAUUAAUUGUAACUUCAUAAUCAUUCCUUCAUUUUAUGCUUACUUUAAAUUACUAAGAUCUAUUUGUGCCUUUGGAUUAGCAUGACAUUCUGCUUUAUUAAAAUAAAAAAUGUAACUGCAGUCUUUAUUGAUAUGCAUCACUCACAUCUGUGACACUUGAAUAAUACUGUCUUAUUUACCUUCAGUGAAUAAGCUCAAUUCAAACUACUUUACCUUGAAUACAAAAUCUAACUAUAAUAAAUUAUACUGUGUAACUUAUUUCCACUCAUAAGAAAACAAUUAUUUGAUGCACACACUAAAUAUAUUUAUUUUUUCUAUAUUAUUGUUAUAGAUAAUAAAUACAUUCUAGAUAUUGUUGAAAUUGAGUUUACCAGUUAUAAGACAAAGACAAUAGAUGACCUUUUCAAGAUUGGGUGAAUUAUUAUGGUGUCACUUGGGUCUACGUUAUUCCUGUUUUGUAUUUAUUUGUUAUCAUAAAUCAUCCUUUCUUGUUGAUGAUAAGAUAAUCAUUGAUGAAAAUAUGUACAUAUGAAGUGAUAGAAUGAUCUUCAUUUCUUAAUUUAAGAAAUAUUGGAAUAACAUAUUAUAAUUACUUAUUAAAUUUGUAAUGUUCUUUUUGUGGAGAAUAAUGUAAACCCUCAAUUUCAAUUGCUCAUGGAGUUCUUUUUUCAAAACAAUUUCCAGAGUGCUUAUUCAACAAAGUUUAUGAAUAAGUGAAGAUAUUUUUUAAUGAGAUUAUUUGCAUUAUUUAUUUUUAGAGAAAAAAGAUUUGCAUCUUCUUAUUAACACUUUGAAUCAUUAUUGCAUUGUCUCACAUUGAAAUUGUAUAUGGAUAUAUUAGCAUAUGCUAAAACUAACCUGUGGAAGGUCACAGAAAUGAAAAACUUAAAUCCUAAAGUGAAAAUACUUCAAGAAAAUGUUAUACUCAUGGACUGUGUUCUGAAAUGAAACAAUUAUAUGUGUAAAUGUGAAAGUUUUAAAAGGGCCUAGACAGUAGUUGCUGAACACAUAUUAUUUCCUUGCAGGUCUGUCCUCACCUUUUUAAAAAAUUGCAUUUACCCAUGUAGAGGCAGCUAUUUAACAUUAUACAAGCAUGCUGCUGGAUUAAUUUUUCCCUUCUUAGACUUCUAUGUUAUAUAUAAUGCUUCAUAUUUAUUUAAUAACACAUUUAAUACUCUUAAAAAAUACUUUAUUAUUCACUAUAGGGUUUAAUCAAUAACUGAAAUACAUUAGUAUUUUAAUUUUUUAAAUAAAUUUUAUGGAUUUUGUCACAUGAUGUUCAUAAUUAUUAAUAUAAAAGUUGUCCAUAUAACCUUAAUAUUUCCACUUAUUUUCCUAAAAUGAAAACACUUACCUAUAGCAUCUGGUUUUAGCCUUCCUUAGAAAAGAGUAAGCAAAGCAAUGGGUGUUGGAGCAUUUCAACUCACAGGCAGGCAUAGGAAAAUAGAGCAACAAAGAACUGAAGGAAUCCAGAAAGGCAAAUGGAAUUCUCCAUUUGGAAUAGCUAAGAGGGGCCUUAUUCUGAGAAGUGCAGGAUCAGAGACUAGGAACAUUGCUUAGAUAAAAGUUUAGGCCAUUUAUACUGAUGCAAAGGAGCAACCUUAGUGAAAUCCAGAAGAGAAAGUUAAAAAAGAUAGAACCAAUGACUCAAUUUCACAAAUAGGGUUUUUUAAAGAACAGUGUGCAUUAUAUAAAAUAAAUAGCACUGUUGAGAGCCAACAUAUUCAAAUUCUUAAAGGAAUGUUUAUGGUUUAGUAUUUGCCUCUACACUCUGUUAGGAAUAUGUGAACUUCUGAGAAAUAAAGGUUAAAAAAACCUUUUUAAAUAUAUUUUUUUGGUAUGUGAAUUCUAUGCUGUGUUCAGUAUACAUUAAAACAUACGUUUUUUUAUUUUCUUUAACUUAUAUAUUCCAUUCAAAUUCUAUAUUCUUAAGUUAGCUACCACCGAGUUUUCUUAUUGUUUCAAUAUAGUAUGUCCCUAUGAAAUGCUGUACAUAUAUAUAUGUCUAAACUGUAAAAAUUAUACUGCAAAUGUUGAAGUUUUGUAUUUAUGAGAGACAUGAAAGUAUGGCUUACAGUAUAUCAAAAUUGUCACUCUUCACCAUUUGUAUAUUAAUAGUAAAGAUACUUUUACUUUAAUAAAGU